GGAAGAGAAAAAGGGCCAGAGGGUUAUCAGUGUUGGACAGUUCCUGCCCUGGACACAGUUAAAGAAAGCAAGCAAGAGAUCUGGGGGAAAGUUAAUCUAUCCUUGACCCCGUGGCCAACACGUUAUCCUCUGCAAGAAACGAGUCAGACAGAGAGACAGAAAAAGAGAGAGGAGGCCAGGGAGAGGGCAGACGACUGCCUAACUUCAUCUUGUCAGACGAGAGAAAAAAAUGAAACACAAAAAUGAAAGGAGAUGCACUUGAUACAACCGCACGGUCAGUGGAGAAGAUGCAAAUAGCCUGCAAAGCAGUCUGUAUCAAAGAGAUGAUAAUUCAGCUUUUGUCUCUCUCAGUUACUGUCACACACUGAGAUCUCCAUUGAGUUUCACUCUUUUCAGUCCCCUGACAAUCAUCUCUCUAUGCCCCUCGCUCUUCACAUUCUCCCACACUCUUGUACCCAGUCACCCCCAUCCAGCAACCAGCCCACCACCCCAAAUUCAACCACAACAUGGUGACCUCGCCCCAGCUGUUUCUCAUUGGUCUCUCUGGUGAUGAGAAUGAGGCAGUGGGACCAUUUCAUUGGAUUAUACAGGGAAAUCCCAGGGAAACCCCUCCCACCCUUUAUGUUCAUAGCAAAACAUGAGUAUCCAAUUUCCAGUCUUGCCUGCCUGUUGCAUCAGACAAAAACAGGGUUAAAUAGACAUUUCCGCUGUGCUGGAGCAUUUCUGACUAUGCGGACAGCUUACUAGAGAGACAGACCAGAUAAAGUUUUAAGCCGUUUGGAGACAAUAGUUUGACUUCUUUGCAGAUCUUCAAGAUUCGAGUUGAUUUUAAAAUAGUUGUUAAGGCGGACAGAGGUGCACCUUUUGAUGCAUCUUUUACUGUUUUGAUCUUUUCUUUUCUUUUUUUUUUGUUUUGUUUUCUACUUUUUCGUGCAAAUUUUAGAAUAUGUUCAAUAGUUUCUGCUCUGAACACAAUAACAUAAAAGUCAGCUUUGAGUUGGAUCAGGAAAAGCUCAGUCGCUUCAGAUUCCACCGACCCAAAACACACCUGAUAAUCAGUCGAGCAAGAGAAAGGAAAAAUGCUACUUAAAAAAAAGAGACCUACAAUUGUCUCGGACGAGGAAAAAUGCCAGUCCAUCUUUUCAGCGGUGGCCUUCUACAUGAAGCACCUUGGGGUAAAAACCAGGGCAGUUGACAGUAAGAAGUCCAGAGGUGGCUUCUUCAGGAGACAACUGGUAAAGAAUAAGAAGGAGGAAUCCACUAAAGCCAAGCCCAGAGGGGUAUUUCCUGGAAUCCCCAGCUGGAUUGGAGGCAACACUGAGGUCAGACCUAAAACGGAGGCUGAAGCGGAAAAGGAAAAAGUCAAUCCUGAGCGUAAGGGCCCAGCACCCGGGAGAGGCUCCGUGACCGAACCUGCAGCCCCAUCCCUCCCCAUCAAGAAGUUGAGCUCCAGUGGAAACUCCAUCUCCCUGCCUGGGGUGGAUGAGGGCUCGAGCAACAACGUCAGCGCCCCCAACAACCCUGAGUCUUCACACACUGAUGGCCUCUCAAGCAAUCGUUUAGAGCCUCCAACCGUGUCAGACGCGGGUGACAUGUCCCCCGUCGGGUUUGGAGCAGGGCUGACGGUCGGGGAGCCCGUAUCACCCAGCGACACUCCCACGGAGGAAAAUCUGGAGAAAGAAAGACGGAAGACAAGUAGGAAAGUGAGGCGUAGCGAGAGUGCCCGCGUGGACCGGCACUCCUCUCGGCGUCGUGGCUCUUCCCGGGCCAAACAGUCUCGUUCCCGUAGUGAUGUCGACCUCCAGCCACCAUCUGCCUCAACCACAACAACAACAACAACAACACCUGCCCUGUUCGUCCCCCAGCAGCUCCAUCCUUUGGAAACACCAGUUUUAGUUACUGAAGGGCCCAUCCAGUCUCCUACCACCCCCACCCCUCAGCUGGAGGAGAUGGAUCCGCGCCUCCUGGAGUUUGAGCAGGACCCGCCCAACUGGAGGGAGCUGGCCUGCCCUGAAGCCCUGUCCAGUCUCAGCAAGAAGGAGAUCAAGAGGCAGGAGGUCAUCAAUGAGUUGUUUGCAACUGAGCAUGCCCAUGUGCGGAUGCUAAGUGUCCUUCAGAUGAUUUUCUCCAAGCCUAUGGAAAAAGAAGAGCUCUUGACCUCCCCUGAACUAGCGAUCAUCUUCCCCAGCCUGGACGAGAUCUUUGAAAUGCACUUUAACUUCUAUGAGAACCUGAAGAAACUGCGCUUGGAUGACAACUUCAUAGUCAAAUCCAUCAGCACAACAGUGCUGAACAGAUUUGAGGGUACGGAGGGGGAGUGGUUCCAGAAAUUGACAGCCCGGUUCUGCAGUCACCAGUCGUGGGCCUUGGACCAGAUCAAGACCUUGCGGAAGAAAGAGCCCCGCUUCAACUCCUUCAUACUGGAGGCGGAGAGUAAGCCCCAGUGCCGCAGGCUGCAGCUCAAGGACAUGAUUCCCAUAGAGAUGCAGAGACUGACCAAAUACCCGCUGCUGCUUGAGAAUAUUGCUAAGAACACAGAGGACCUGACAGAGAAAGACAAAAUUCAGCAGAGCGCAGAGUGCUGCAGAAAGAUCCUCAACCAUGUCAACGAGGAGGUCAAAGGGAUGGAGAACCUGUUGACUCUGAAGGAUUACCAGCGCAGAUUGGACACAUCAGGGCUCAAACCCAGUAAUGAGAUUUAUACUGAAUAUAAGAACAUCGACCUGACUCAGAAGAAGAUGCUUUAUGAAGGCCCUCUGAUCUGGAGAGUCACAAAGGAGAAGGCAAUUGAGGUGCAGUGUGUGUUGCUUGGGGACUUGCUGGUGCUCUUGCAGAAGCAGGAUGACAAGAUGGUCCUCAAAUGCCAGAGCAAGAGUAACAUCGCUGUGCAGGAGGGAAAGCAAAUGCUGAGCCCCAUCAUCAAGCUGGACUCGGUCUUCCUGCGGGAGGUGGCCACAGAUCGAAAGGCCUUCUAUGUGAUCUUUACGUGGGACAGCGGUGCUCAGAUCUAUGAACUGGUGGCUCAGUCUUUUGGAGAGAGAACAAUCUGGUCAGAUGUGAUAAAAUCGGCAGUGGAUGAUCUGAAGAAGAGUGGAGCACCAAUGAAGCUGGUGCUGCCUCCUGGAGGUGGAGGACCUCCAUUCAGCCCUACUACGCUGACUGCCCCUUUGAUUCCGACUGAGAAUGGGGGUUUGAAAAGCAGCAGUGAUCAAGAUAAGGACAGCUUGACGGAUGACAAGUCUUCAGACCUCAGGCACAGGUUGAUUGAUUUCCUGUCAGACAAAGGCUUCGACUUGAUAGGCCACUCCAACAGCGAUCAGGUGAAGGUGGCCAACAGUGCUUUGGAUGAAGUCAUGUCUCUGAAAAGGCUGUUGGUCGGCAGCAUCAGUCUAUCAGACGACUCACAGCCUGAUGAAGAAAACGGAGAGGAGCAAUCAGAGAGGCCCAGUCAGGAAAUGGACAGCUGUCAGUCAACAGAAGAAAGCCAAACUACAGACAGGGGAGCUGAGGAGGAGAAUGAUAACUCUGGUGAAAAAGAAGGUACAGGGAUGAAGGGGGAGGAUGACAGGAGCAUCAGUGCGCCACUGGUGCUGUCCCAGGAGAGGAAGGAGGAAGUGUGCAGGAGGCUCCACAGUCUGCAGGAACAGCUAAAGAAACUACAGGCUAUAGAAGAAGAGCACCACAAGCUGCAGGUGGCCCUUUCCAAGUUUUCACUGGAGGGGGGUAACUUCCAGUAAGACACCAUUGCGCCACCUGUUGGUCACUGGAUUUGUACUGGUGCUGGUUUGGAGAACGAGGGUUACUUUCAGAGGCUUCCCUGGAAAUUCCUGAACCUGCAUGCCUGGACCCAUGCUGCAUCAGAGGGCUUUAUGCACGGUGCAGUGGUUCAGUGAUUGAACAUGGGAGCCGUGUGCAUGUGAAUGUGCGUCUGUUUGUGUGCGUGCUUGGUAGAGAUGUAUACAAAGAAAAAAAAAAAACAAAGCGGGACAUCCUACUUUUCAGUGGAGGGGUUGUUUUUGCAGAAACGUGCCGAAAAAAAAAUGAUGCAAUACUUUUGCCGUGAGACAGAUGCUGCCUAACAAAAUGUAGUGAUUGCGAUCUGCUGUAACACACAUACGCACACCAGAGACAUGCACGCUAGAAAUUCAUUUACAUUGUUGCCAAGUGGCUGAGGUACAGGAAAGGAGAAAUCCUAUCUUUGCCUGUCAAGUUGGCUCCAACCAGGUGGAUGCCUUAAGGGGCCUGUGUAGCAUUUGAAGAUGUAUUGAAAUACUCCUGCUGAUAUAUAGUGUUAUUUCUAGUCUGUUCUAUACCAAAGUACCACAGAGAUGCACUUUUUUUUUCUUUUCAAACUAAGUUGAACCCACACUGUUUUGCAACAUGUAUUAUAGUUAAUCUGUAUUCAGGACAGUUUUUCAAACAGUUGGGGUCCACAGUCCUCCUUAUUGAAAAAAAUGCAUGCAUGAAAGUGUGUGUAUGUGUGUUACAAAGUUUUUAAUUAAGGACAUGCUUGUUUGGAGGGUUCUUACUGUUAUUACAUGGACACAUUUAUAUAUAGUGGCACUAUAGAUAAUCAUGCUGUUGAUAAUGGAGAUGUGUUUGUAUUUACCGCCUUUUAUUUAUUCCUCUGAGAUCUGUUGGGUCAGUGAGUUGCCUCACCUGCGUGAAACUGUUGCAGCACUGGGCCUUUUCAAAAACAAACAAACAAACAAAAAAAAAAUAGAGCAGUGUGUUAGAGGGGAAAAAAUGACUUAAGAAGGCAAAUGUCGAACGUGGAGCAAAGAUCAAGGUAGAGAUUGAAGAGGAGAGACUUUGAGAUGGGGGAGUCGGUUUCGAGGUUGUUGUUGUUUUUGAAGAGAGCUUGAACCAGACUGUCAUGAGAAGAUGGAGAACAUGAGAUUCGGAUUUGUGCGCAGUGUCCUGAAGAAAAAUUUGACGCACUCGCAAACACAAACACAAACACAAACACAAUCACAAACACACAGACAUACAAACAUAAAGAGCCCAGUGCUACACUGGUUUUCACAAAGGUCGCUCAGUUCCAGCUUCAUUUCUGCCGUCAGAUGAGGUUUUGUGUUGUAUGUUAUUAGUGAAAGAUUCUGUUCUUCCCUGGUAGCAAUAUUUGUAUCAGAUUUGAGCUCAUCUUUGUAUUUUACUCAGCAGUUGAUUGUAAUUAUGAUGAUAUGAUUUCUGAGUAGUGGCAUAACUGUGGCCGUGCACACAGGACCAAAGACGCAACAAAGCACCGUUAGAUCCUCAUAUGAGCUGUAAUUUUCUUAAUGACACACUUCAUCUGUAUAGUAGCAUCUUGCUUGAUGCUCAGUAGCACAGCCCUGCAGUCAGCAGCUGCUUUUCCUCUCUCGGGGGUGCCAGAGGAGGACACAGAGGAGACGUUGAAGACUUGGAGGAAGCAAGACUGCAGUCUCAUUUUAACGUUGCCCUUAGCAGUACAGUAAUUAUGAUCACUUCCUGAUAUACAUUCUCAUUGUUGUUGCUGCAACAGCAAGCGCCUCCUCUGACCUUAUUGAACCUCAGUAUGACAUUAUGCAAAUGAUGGUUCCAUUAGUCAUUUGAGUGUCACAAGUUGCUAAAUUAUGCAGGUUUGUGUCUGAACAUUGCUGCCAUCUCUCUCCACAACUUCCUUCUAGCAACUGUGCAUAGAUAUCAGCUUGAAGGAAAAAAUGUAGAGAAUGCACAAAUGAGUCCCUUUUCUCUUUUAUUAAGCUUAUUUAGCUACAGAAGCACCCUCUCGAUAACACCCUCACUUGUGAUAGCAUGAUCACCUUUUCCUAUGGGCAUAGUUUUACCAUAUCUUGUUGUGUAUUUCAUUCGAUUUACUUAAAUAGAUUGGGGAGUUUUUUUGUUACAAUUUUUUUUUUCCAGUGUUUUUUCAAACAAGCUUUUGUAAUUAUGUGCUAUGCAUUUGGCCAUAACGGUGAGAGAGACGGGACAUGUCUGUAACUUGUCUAUGCCUGAAUGAACUUAACAGAUAUGGAAAAUAUUGUAACCAAGGUAUUUUCACAGCUCAUUAAACAGAUCGUUUCAACUGGGCAUUUUUACACUGUCAGACUGCAGUGGAUGACAGAUGAAACACCAGCUUACAGUGAUGCUUUCACUCACAGGCUGAACGACUUUUAUGGGCCUUCCUCGCUCUCUCACCUUCAGGUGCUUUCCCUCAUGCAUUCUAUAUACAAGUAUGUGUAAAAAAAAACAAAACAUGUAUUUAUAGAGUGGUGCCUUGUUCUGACGAUCAAGUUGUUUUCUUCAUAAAGGGCUCUUAAGUGUGUAAACACAAUCGUUGUUGUUUUGUUUGGGCUGUCUUAAUUGACCUCCCGAGAGUGUGAGACAGCGACCAAAUCUAAGCACUGAGAGAUCGUCCCAGCGUUCUGUUUUUGUGUCCGCCUCCACGACAGCAAUAGGAUUCGAGCCCUUCACCAGCUCAGCCAAUCAUUGUCCUGUGUAAGAGAAGACACUGCUCGUUGUCAUGCAAGCUUCUGCCAGCUGGUCUAUCUAUAAACAACGAAUAUGCAAGAACUAUACUGUGUAUUUGGCUUUUGAUUUUUAUUGUAUAAUAGACUCUUAAAUGAUGUAUACUUCAGGAAAAUUGUGGUACGUUCUGUUUUUUUUUUUUUUAAUUCUUCAUUUUUUAAUAAAUUGGGGGAAAUAAA